AUGCUAUUUACGUAUAUUUUUAUUUCUAAUCUAAUUUUCCUCGCGCAUGCAUUCUUUACCAAGCACUUUGCCGAGUUUCUGGAGAGAGACUACGGUACUAAGUUCAAGGAUCUACUUCAGAGAAGCGAUCUGGGUGGUGUGGGAUCGUUCGGUGGUAAGACAUACGACGAAGAAGUCCUUGUUCACGAUCCUGUUGUAUUUGUUCAUGGGGUCUCUGAUGUUGCAGGACUCAGAAUGCAAGCCGUAGCCAACCGUUAUAAGUAAGU